AUGUGUCUUGCUUUCUGCCAGCCGUGGGAGGCCAUGAACGUGCGGAAGCAGAUGCUUGUCCAGUACCGGUUUUCAGGCUUCACAAAUGUUGCAGGGCGAGCUUGCAGUCUGCUGGCGAAGGCCCUCCGCACACGUUUGCAGGGUGCGCCUCUGGCGUUGGAGGGCGCGUAUGCGGUGUGCGCAACUUCGUUCGUAGCAAUGGCUGGAAGUGGGAGUGUCUUAAGAUAUCGGCGGCAGGCAGUGCUGAGGCGCAAGCAGUUGUCAAAGGGCGCUCUUCUGUGCUUCACACCUGGGUCCCUGGAGUUGCGACAUGUGCGUCACGUUCGUUGGUUAGCGCGUCACUGGCAUGCCCGGCGGCCUGGCAUUGAAGGUUCAUGA